ACAACGGCAGAUUCCGGAGUGCUUGAGGUUCACUAAAUAUCGAGUCCGUCACGGAUACUUGGCAGUCUCCAUUUCGCCCUCUUCCCAAGUUUUCUCCAUCACUUGAGUUCUGAAUCAUGGUUACGCCUCUAAAUCGAACAAGAUGGAUUUUUGUGGCUAUGGUCCCGAAGAUGAAGAUGCAAUAUGACCGUCGGCUUGCCACUGUUAAUCUUUGUUCGUCCCUGUCUAAAAAAGCGCUGAGAGGCGUAAGUAGCAGGUUUGGGAGGUACGCGUUCAGUCUAACUCUACUUCUCGGUAUAGGCUGAUCCGCGCCGCUCUAUUGAAAUAGGAACUAGUGAUAUGACAGCUAGAACAGAUGAGAGUCGUAUUUAUCCGUCGGUCAACUCUAAUUUUAUCUGCACGACCUCGGCGCCACCAUCUGCCUGCAGAGAUUGAUACCUCCCCAGAAACCUCCCCUCAGAAACCUUCUCAAAGAUCUCAACAUGUCCGAACAAACCUGGAUAGUUCGCCCAACGCUUCCUACACGAUGCGGAGACCAGAAGACGCUACUUUAUCCACCAACCGACACUCUAGUGUUAUCAUUUACUAUGCAUGGCGCAUGGGUUUUACCUACCUCUAUCGACUUCGAGCGGUACAAACAAGCUCUAGCUCAAACUCUCAGCGUCUUCCCCCCAGUUGCUGGUCGUCUGUGCAAGAAGCCGGAUACAGAGGCGACUAAAGGAGACAUCUACAUUGAAUUGAACAAUAAAGGAAUACCUGUGUCCGUUGUAGACGAUUACGACACUGAGCGGUUUCCCAUGGUUAACGUCUUGGUACACCCGGAAGAAAUGGAACCCUGGAUCGACCCUAUCCCGAUGGAGACGAUUAAUACGGAUGAACCAUUAGUUCGCUUCAAGUUCACCAAGCUGCACAAGACAGGGCAAACGAUCUACACCAUUUGCUGGCUUCAUGCACUCGGGGAUGGCUACACGGCGAACUUGUUCUUGACGUAUAUUGCUCAUUUCUACCGGCGCGCUAGCACGUCUUCCCUUCCUCUGCCUGCCAUCACCAAAGUGUUCUUCCCGCCACCUCCGUCGGAUCAAGCGCUGGCCGAUAAAAUUCUUCCAUUAAUGAAGCACCUUCGCGAUGCCAAAGUGCCCGAAGAGCUCAUACCUGCCUUGAUGGAAAGCGAAGAACGUACCCUUCCGGUGCACAUUUCCUUCACGCCAGAGCAAAUGCAACUCUUGACUAAACGUGCGACGUCUGGAAUGCCUGAUCCCAAGGUGGCGAGACUCUCGAAAGUAGACGUCGUCAUUGCUUACCUUGUGUUGCAUUACAAUCGGGUGCUGGCGGAAGUUCAUCCUGAACAACAACAGGUGGAUACGAUCGUCAAUACUCUGGAUUAUCGAGGAAACCCGGCUUUCGCCCCGACUGCCAUGUUUGGGAACUGCGCAAUAACACUUACUUGUCCAUCCUUCACGCUUUCGCCUCUACCACCAAACGCAGGUGCGCGCGACAAGGAACUUCACUUCGACCGUUGUCUCGCCACCAUCGCGUCAAGCAUCCGUGCCGGCACAGUUCAAUCACGUAACCCAAAAUUCCUCGAACCAUACCUACACUGGCACAACGAGCUCUGUCGUCGGUGUUAUCAAGAAGGAAAGUUCCAGUACAUCCUGCCCGUCACCGAUCGCGAAAUCACGUUCAACUCGAGUCAUGCAGUCAAUUGGCGCAAGGCAGCGGAUUUCUACGAGUCUGGGUCUGAGUGGGUUGAAGCCAAGUAUACUAGAUUCCAUUCGAGCUCUUUCAUCGAGAGGUAUAUACGAGUCUUCCCUACUAAUCCUGUUUGGGUGCCAGAGAAGGGUGCGCCAGGUGCCAAAGGCAUUGAAAGGGGACAGUGGGAUCAUUCGUUGGAUAAUGGGGUUGAGGCCGCGUUUAGGUUGGAUAAGACUAUUGCUGAUACGUUCCAGACGAGGAUCAAGCAGGAGUUGCAGCAAGGAAUCGGUCGUACAUUUGCGCAGCUCUAAAUCAUCUUUUUGUUCUUCGUUGAUAUCUGAGCCUCUCUCCGGGUAGAUCGUCGUAGACUUAGUUAGCACUUUAGAUCGCAAGAAGAUGUUGGGGAGGUGGAGGUGGAUGGAGGUCGAACGCUUCCCGAACCUGCCCAAUGAGUCGGUGGGCGGGAUUACGUAACAUAUUGUCAGCUGGCCGAAAAGAGCUUUGCUUGUUAGAAUGGUUUUUCUUACCGUGUACCACGACGAAAUAAUGAACCUUUGCUCCUCCGAUUGACUU